CGGCCUCGCCUCCAACUUCCUUCAUCAAAACCCUCCAACGGCAGCUCCGGGGCCGCGGGCGGGGCCGGGCCGGGGCCAUGGCCGAGGGCAGGAGCGGCAGCGCCGGGCUCUUCGCCAGGCAGGUCCAGAAGCGCUUCAGCCGCGCCCAGGAGAAGGUUUUGCAAAAAUUGGGCAAAACUGUGGAAACCAAAGAUGAGCAGUUCGAGCAGAGCGCCUACAACUUCCAGCUGCAGCAGAACGAGGGUCACAAACUCUACAAGGACCUCAAGGGGUUCGUGGGAGCCGUGCGAGUGAUGCACGAGAGCUCCCGGAGAGUGGCCGAGACGCUGCAGGAGAUUUACAGCCCUGAGUGGGAGGGGCGCGAGGAGCUCCGAGCCAUCGCCGAAAGCAAUGACCUCCUGUGGGAUGACUACGAGGCGAAGCUGGCAGACCAAGCCCUGAGGCUCAUGGAGAAUUACCUGGCUCAGUUCGGGGACUUCAAGGAGCGCAUCGCCAAGCGGGGCCGAAAGCUCGUGGACUACGACAGCGCCCGGCACCACCUGGAGGCUCUGCAGAGCGCCAAGAAAAAGGACGAGGCCAAAAUCGCCAAGGCUGAGGAGGAGUUCAACAAAGCCCAGGCGGUGUUCGAGGACCUGAACAGCGACCUGCGGGACGAGCUGCCGGUCCUGUACGGCAGCCGCAUCGCCUGUUACGUCACCGUUUUCCAGAACAUCUCCAACCUCCGCGACGUCUUCUACAAGGAGAUGAGCAAGCUCAACCGGGACCUGUACGAGGUGAUGAGCAAACUGGAGAAGCAGCACUCGAGCAAGGUGUUCAUCAUCAAAGGUGUCCCCAGCAACCGCCGCUCGCUGGUGAUCUCGGCCCCCGUGAGCCCCCCGGCCGUGUUCCCCUGCCCGGACAAGGCUCCCGUGGUGGGCGCGGAGGUGACACCGGGGUCCCCCGGCGGGGACAGCGCUGUCACCGACACCGCCACCAACGGGGACCUGGGGGCUGUGUCCCCCGGGCCCCCCCCUGCCUCGCCCGCCAGCGGGGGAUCCCCGGACACAGCGUCGGUGUCCAGCGAGGAGAGCGCGGAGCCCGGACACGACAGCGCGCCCCCGGAGCAGGCGACAUCGGUGACAGUGUCGGUGUCCAGCGAGGAAAGCGCGGAGCCCAUCCCCGAGCGCGAGGCGCUGUCCCCUGGUCAGGAGACACCGGCGACAGCCGCGGAGCCGGGGGGUGACAGCGGCGCGCGGGGGGGCCCCGAGGGCAUCGCCACCUCCCUGGCGUCCCUGAUUUUGUCCGAGGCCAUCGCGCAGGCCACCGGCACCGUGUCACCAGGGGCGGGAGGAGCCGCGGACGCGGCGGGGGACAGCACGGCCACCGGCGCUGAGGGUCCCGCCGUGCCGCCGUCCCCCGCCGCAGCUGUCCCCCCCUGCCACGCCCUCGGUGCCGCGGCGGUGGCACCGGAGCUUCCCCGGGAGCCGUGCCAGCUGGGCGGUGACCGGGGACAGCGCGGUGACAGCGAGGACAGCGCGGAGGUGACGGGUGUGGAACCGGAGGUGCGCGAAACUCAGGGCUGUCCCGGGACAGCGGAGCAGGACACGAGCCGGGACACGAGCCGGGACCCCUCAGGUGCCGCAGAGCCCCCCCAGGAUCCCCCCGAGUGCUUCAGCGCCCUGUGAUCCCACGGGAAAUGCGGCGUCUUCCCCGAAUUCCAUCCCCAGAAUGCAUUUCCCAGCCCCCAUCCGGUCCGAAAUAAAGAUGGAAAAGGUGGCAAAAUCCCAAAUCUCCGUCUGGGAUUGCAGAGGGGUCCCGGGGGGAUCCCCGCAGGCGGAUUUGGGGGGGCUGAGGAGUUGGGGGGUGAGGUUGGGAAUUGUCACCCUCUCCCCCCUCCAACACCUGCGACUCGGAAAAGGUGUCGAGCCCCUUCCACCGCCUCCCAGAAAUUCUCUGUCAUGCCAAAAGAACCCAAAACACCCCAAUUUUCUCCUCCCCUGAUCCAGAAUCCCCCCGUUCCCACCCAAAGCCCCAUUCCCGAUCUCCGGGGUGAUGCGCUGGCCCCGCAGGCAGCGAGGGGUUAAGGGGGAGGAAUCCCGGGGGUUGAUCCUCAUUCCAGCCGA